UUUAUCCGUGCCUGCAUCUGGGUGCCUGUAGAGGUGGUCUUUGGACUUCCACAAGAAAAUGUCAUGAUGUCUACAAGCGGACCAAAUAGAAUGAUGGAGAACGUUCAUUUACGGAUCAGACAACUCACAAUCGCAUUCUUGUGUCUCUCUUUUACCGGGGCGUCAGAAAUAGAGCGUCGGCUCCAUCAGAAGAUCUUUAAGAACUACAACCUAAAGGUGCGGCCAGCUCAGUACUGGGAGGAGAGGGUGAUGGUGCGUGUGGGGAUGACCCUUUCCCAGCUCGUCAGCUUGAACCAGAAGAACGGAGAGAUGACGACCAACGUGUUCAUGAAUCUGGAGUGGCGAGACUACCGCCUGUCAUGGGACCCAAAAGAUUAUGACAACAUUAAUGUUUUGAGGAUUCCUGCCAACAAGGUGUGGCGCCCUGAUAUCUACCUCAUAAACAACAAUGACGGUCAGUUUGAUGUCGCGCUCUAUGUCAACGUCUUGGUGUACAAUGACGGCACAGUCAACUGGCUCCCGCCGGCCAUCUACCGCAGCUCCUGCUCUAUCGAGGUUGCAUAUUUCCCCUUCGACUGGCAAAACUGCAGCAUGAUAUUCCGCUCGUAUACGUAUGACGCCUCGGAAGUGGACCUGCAGUAUUUUCUGGAUGAUGACGGCAACGAGAUCCGGGAGAUUGUCAUUGACGAGAAUGCAUUCACGGAGAACGGGGAGUGGGCCAUAUGCCACAAGCCCUCGAGGAAGAACGUCAAGGAUGAUCUGUAUGAGGACAUCACCUUCUACUUGAUCAUCGAAAGGAAGCCUCUCUUCUAUAUCAUCAACAUCAUCGUUCCCUGCAUCCUAACCAGCGUCUUGGCUAUUUUUGUCUUCUACCUGCCCCCCGGAGCAGGCGAGAAGAUGACCCUCUCCAUUUCGGUCCUGAUCGCCUUGACUGUCUUUAUGCUCCUGCUGGCGGACAAAGUCCCCGAGACGUCGCUCGCCAUCCCCAUUAUUGUCAACUACGUGAUGUUCACCAUGAUCCUGGUCACCUUCUCUGUCAUCCUGAGUGUGGUCGUUCUCAACUUGCACCACCGCAGCCCCAGCACGCACAUCAUGCCCAACUGGGUUCGAAAGCUCUGCAUUAACUUCCUGCCCAAGUACAUUGGCAUGACCCGACCGGAGCCAGACGAGUGUGUGCUGAAGGAAGACUCUUGCGACGAAACCCCCGUCCCCAACUUCAACGAACGCCAGCCGGGAGGGGAGUACUUCUUUCGCAAGAUCAACCCAGAUCUUGUCAUACCCUGGAGAGGCAGAUGUGAGAGCCCUGUGAAGCUACAGAGGCUUCCGGAAACAGACGGCUUCUGUCUGGUUCUUCCUCCCAACCUGAAGUCAGCCAUCGCCGCCGUGACCUACAUGGCCGAGCAGCUUAAGAAGCAAGACACGGAUGAUGCGAUGACAGAGGACUGGCAGUACAUCGCCCUUGUGGUGGACCGUCUCUUCCUGUGGCUCUUCGUCAUCAUCACCACAUUGGGCACCUUGGCUAUGUUCUUGGACGCCAGUUUCAACUACACACCUGACAACCCCUUCCCAUAAGGGGGCG